CUGCUCUCCUUUGCCAUCCUCUAGUCUCCUCGCUCCCAGCUCUGGGGGCUUCGGCGUCUUUGCCGCGUUGGGUGCAUUCUGGCUACAGGAGGGACGCGGGGCUGAGCUCCCACCCCGGAGCAGCUCCAAGAUGAGCGGGGCCCGCGGCACCUGGGAUUUUCUCUGCCUCCUGAUCCUGCUGAGCCUCCAGACAGGUUAUCUUCAACCUACUAGUAGUCCAGCUAGUUAUUCUCCACCAUCCAUCUUUCCACCUGGAUCCCAGUUAACAGUGAAUUCUGGAAGUGAGAUUAAGUUGUCCUGUAUUGAUCCUCUCUCAGUAAACUGGACUUUUGAGAAUGUCAUCCAUCUUGAAUCGAGCAAAAAUGCGACAACGUGGGUCACGACCAAUGCGAAGGCCCAAGAUACAGGCAGAUAUACAUGUACCAAUGAGAAAGGCUUGAGCAGUUCCAUUUAUGUAUUCGUUAAAGAUCCCAAAAUUCCCUUCCUUUUGGAUCCUCUUCUCUAUGGAAAAGAAGGCAAUGAUGCUGUAGUCAAUUGCACUGUAACAGACCCGGAGGUGUCCGAUUUUACCUUGAGAUUAUGUGACGGAAAGCCACCUCCCAAAGACAUGAUCCUUAUUCCUGACAUCCAGAAAGGCAUCGUGAUUAAAAAUGUGAAGAGAAGUCACAAUAAGAUCUGCGUCCAGUGCUCUGCCUACCUCCAUGGGCAGUUGAAGCUGUCUGAAAGAUUGACCUUGAAAGUGAGACCAGCCCCUCAAAGUCCGCCAGAAGUCAGCUUGUCCAAAACGAACCACCUUCUCAGGGAGGGAGAGAGCUUUGAGAUUGUGUGCACCAUUAAAGAUGUGGCUAGCACCGUGGUGUCCAUGUGGAUAACGGAGAACAACAGGAUCAGCACCAAUACUCAAAGCUGGCAUUUUGGUGAUUACGCUUACGAACGUCAGCACAUAUUGAGAAUCGGUUCAGUAAGAGUUAAUGAUUCUGGAAUCUUCAUGUGUUUUGCCAAUAAUACUUAUGCACCUGCAAAUGUCACGGCAACCUUAAAAGUAGUAGAAAAAGGAUUCAUUAACAUUUUCCCCAAGACGAAUACCACAAUUUUUAUAAAUGAUGGAGAAAACAUAGACUUAGUGGUUGAAUAUGAAGCAUUUCCCAAACCUGAACAACUUCAGUGGAUAUAUAUGAAUGGAACAGUGAGUGACAAAUGGGAUGAUUAUACCAAGCCGGGAAGUCUGAGUACUAUCAGGUAUAUAAGUGAGCUUCACCUUAACAGAUUAAAGGGAACUGAAGGAGGUCCUUACACUUUUUCAGUGUCUAAUGAGGAUGUCAGCGCUUCUGUAACAUUUAAUGUUUAUGUAAAGACAAAGCCAGAGAUUCUUACCUCUGACAGACUCAUGAAUGGUCUGCUCCAGUGUGUGGCAACGGGGUAUCCCGAACCUACAAUAGAUUGGUAUUUUUGUCCAGGAACUGAGCCUCAGAGGUGUUCGGCAUCUGUUCUGCCAUUGGAUGUGAAGAUAAAUUCUUCCAUUUUGUCACCCUUUGGAAAAAUAGUGGUUGAAAGCACCAUUGAUUCCAGUACAUUUAAAAACAAUGGCACUGUUGAGUGUAAGGCUUCCAAUGAUGUUGGCAAGAGUUCAGCCUUUUUUAACUUUGCUAUUAAAGGUAACAUUAAAGAACAAAUCACCUCGCACACCCUGUUCACACCCUUACUGAUUGGCUUUGUGGUCGCGGCGGUACUGAUGUGCAUCAUCCUCAUAGUUCUGACCUACAAGUACUUCCAGAAACCCAUGUAUGAAGUCCAGUGGAAAGUGGUGGAAGAGAUAAAUGGAAACAACUAUGUUUACAUCGACCCAACACAACUUCCUUAUGAUCACAAAUGGGAGUUUCCCAGAAACAGGCUGAGUUUUGGGAAAACACUUGGCGCAGGAGCUUUUGGGAAGGUGGUGGAGGCGACUGCCUAUGGCUUGUUUAAGUCGGAUGCGGCGAUGACCGUGGCUGUGAAGAUGCUGAAGCCAAGUGCCCAUUUGACCGAGCGAGAGGCUCUCAUGUCUGAACUGAAGGUCCUGAGUUACCUCGGUAACCACAUGAAUAUAGUGAAUCUUCUUGGAGCGUGCACUAUUGGAGGGCCCACAUUAGUCAUUACAGAAUAUUGUUGCUAUGGCGAUCUUUUGAAUUUUUUGAGAAGAAAGCGGGAUUCAUUUAUUUGCUCAAAACAUGAAGAAGCAGCUCUUUAUAAGAACCUUCUUCAGUCAAAGGAGCCUUCAUGUGAUGGAGCUAAUGAAUAUAUGGACAUGAAACCCGGUGUUUCUUAUGUCGUCCCGACAAAAGCUGACAAAAGGAGAUCCACAAGAGUAGGCUCCUACAUAGAGAGAGAUGUGACAACUGCAAUCAUGGAAGAUGACGAAUUGGCUUUGGACAUUGAAGACCUGUUGAGUUUCUCUUACCAGGUUGCAAAAGGCAUGAGUUUCCUUGCUUCUAAGAAUUGUAUUCAUCGGGACUUGGCAGCCAGAAAUAUUCUCCUUACCCAUGGUCGAAUAACAAAAAUCUGUGAUUUUGGUUUGGCUAGAGACAUCAAGAAUGAUUCUAAUUAUGUGGUUAAAGGAAAUGCCCGGCUACCUGUAAAAUGGAUGGCACCUGAAAGUAUUUUCAACUGUGUUUAUACCUUUGAAAGUGAUGUCUGGUCAUAUGGAAUAUUUCUCUGGGAGCUCUUCUCUCUAGGAAGCAGCCCGUAUCCUGGAAUGCCCGUCGAUUCCAAGUUCUACAAGAUGAUUAAGGAAGGUUUCCGAAUGCUCAGCCCAGAAUGUGCACCUCCUGAAAUGUAUGAGAUUAUGAAAAGCUGCUGGAAUGCGGAUCCUUUGCAGAGACCAACGUUCAAGCUUAUCGUGCAGCUCAUUGAGCAGCAGCUCAUGGAUAGUACCAACCAUGUUUAUUCCAACAUUACAACCAGCAGCCCCAACCACGAGAAUGCCGUUGACCAUUCUGUGAGAAUUAAUUCUGUGGGCAGCAGUGCUUCGUCCACGCAGCCCCUGCUUGUACAUGAAGAUGCCUGAAGGAGGUGGUGGUGGGCCCAGAGGAGGACAGGCCGGUCCUUUUGGUUUCCAUGGCUUUUGUUUUGUUUGUCCACUUGCCGGCUACUGGAGCCUGGUGGGUGCAUUGCUGUAAUUCUGUCCUUUGUGAAUACACUGUCAUAGCCUGAAUGAUCUCACUCACCAUAGUCGCAGCCAUCAUCACGGAGCAGGGGCGGAAGUUGUACAUAUUCUCAGUAAGGAGCUAGCCCGGGAAAACCCCCAUGGGGCCCUGACUUUAAGGAGACGGGAUUUGAGCCCAUUCCCCUUCCUCAUCUGGCCUGAGAAGGGAGCUUGCUGUUUGACCCUUUUUUCCUUUGUCAGAUAAUAAGUAGGAGUAGCCAAUCACUUUUUUAGUCACAUUAGCAGUUGGGGUACAAGAGUAGUGUCCCUGGUUGGGGUGCCCCUUUUUCCUGCCCCACAAGUACUUCUAAGAGACAUUGUAGCCAAGCAUUUCUGUAUAAAAUGUCAGGUUAUAAGAAAAGGAGAGCGGGAAGGAAGGAAGGCAUAUUAUGUUAAGGUAAUUUUCUAAAACACCCACUUGCUUGCAUGAAAACUAGAUUUUUCAAGUUCAGGUUCAUGAACCCUGGAAAAAAGCACCGCAAGUUUCCCGAAGAAGAGCAUCCCAGCCACUGUGUUAGCUUUCCCCUGUACUCGGUGUCUGUUUUACGACUGGCAACUCUGAAGGAGGAAGAUGGGGAGAUUGGCCGUAUACACGUCCGGCUGGCACAUAGGGGAGUUCCUAAAGAAAUUGCCCGUGUGUUUUAGGGGAAGAACUUUCCACGUUUGCUUUCAUGCACAACCAGGAGCCUCCCCAAGGGGAAAGGGCUGUCAAGAGUGGAAACCACAUAAGCAAUUAGUCGUCACCUUUUUUUUUGUCUUUUGUAAAGAAAGCACAGUUUUAAGAGUCUCUUUAAACCCGUUGACUUGCUGUACAGAUUUCCCAUAAACAGCCUGCAAAUCCUCGAAUGGCCUUUAGCUGAUACUUUGGAUGCCAUUUGCAAUAUCUACCUACCUAUCUAGUGCAUGAUGUCUGCGGGCAUGAGAGUGCGAGCUAUUUCAUAGGGAUCCUUAAUGUAGCAGGAAGACAAACUUAGAUUCAGCCUCAUUUACAGGCAUGCCCUGGACCUUGGGCCAGUAUAUAUUAUAUAUAAAAGUUUAUGUAUGUGCGUAUGUCUAUGUAGAGAUAAUCUAUUUUGAGGGGAACCAGGCCCUGAGUCCAAGAGCGGGUACCCAGGUGCCCAUCAAGCAGCCUUUGCUCCCUCCCAAGAACUGCCUUUGCUUUCUUGCUUCGUCCGUUCCCAUAGAUUGAUGACCCAAAGCAGGAGAGAAGAGAAUCUAAAGUACCUAUUUACACCCCCCUUGCACUUGAGGCGCCAUGUUAUUUAUGGAUUCAACAUACUGUAGCCCCCUUUUCUGCUUUGGGGCCCGAUAAACUGAGGAUAAUUCUCUUUAAAUGGACCCUUUUGGUCUCUGGCACAAAGUAAUAGAUUUUGCGAUAGUCCCCAUUUCCAUAAACUCCAAAUUGAGUAACUAUUAAAUUGAAAAUGUGACGUGUUUUAAGCAAGGAUUCCCCUUUUGUCUCCAUCGUUUUCCUUCCACCAUGAAGGCGGAUCUCUGGUCGCCAGAGGAAGAUCACAUUUGCACUGUACUUGCCUAUGCCCUUUCUAGACAUUGGCGACUUCUUGGGGAGGGGGGGAAUUGUUAUGCAGACAGUUUAUCCUGGAGCUUAUCUUCAUCACCAGAACCUUCCUUUCCCAUAGCAUCGGCUUUUAUUAUAUUAGUUAUGGUAGGAAAAAAAAAAA